ACAGUCAGUAAAAAUGUGAAGAAAGAAUGUUUUGAUCCACGAACACUGUCGUUUCCAUGUUUCGUCGUGGCGUGAGUCAUGGUUCUUGAUAACUCUCCUGCUCCCAAGCUAGUAGUUCAUGCAGAUACAUGCACUUCGACGGUGUAAGGUGUACUUCGAAGUAGUUCAUUAUGAAUUUGGCUCGCAUUCUAAAAACUCCAUUGCCAAUAGUCUCGACGAAAUUGCUGUUUUGUCGUGCAUUGCACGUACCUCUGACAGCAUCUCGACUCCCACAUUUGCACAGGAAAUCCUUUGCUAAGGUGACUAAUGAUGAUAUCAAGCAGUUUGAAGGCAUUCUCUCAUCAAGCAGGGUGCUCUGUGCUGAGGAAGAUAUAGCUGGUCACUGUACAGACUGGACACGGGUGUUCAGGGGCACCGGUAGCAUUGUGUUGAAGCCGAAAACAACCGCCGAAGUAUCGGAGAUUCUGAAAUACUGCAACAACAGAAACUUAGCAGUGGUCCCUCAAGGUGGACUUACUGGCUUGGUUGGUGGCAGUGUACCAGUAUUUGAUGAAGUCAUUAUCUCUCUAUCUUUGAUGAACAAGAUCAUCAAGAUUGAGCCAUUAGCUGGAGUACUUGUCUGCCAGGCUGGGUGUGUACUGCAGCGUUUGAAUGAUGCUGUAGCGGAGCAUGGCAUGACCAUGCCUUUAGAUCUUGGUGCGAAGGGUGCAUGUCAGAUUGGUGGCAACGUCUCGACUAACGCCGGUGGAAUUCGCUUUCUACGCUACGGUUCUCUACAUGCCAGUGUGCUGGGUCUUGAAGCUGUAAUGGCUGACGGUAGUGUUGUGGACAACUUGUCAACCUUGCGCAAAGACAAUACAGGGUAUGAUGUCAAGCAGCUUUUCAUCGGAAGUGAGGGCACACUUGGAAUUGUUACAUCGGUGACAAUUGCAACACCGCCUAAACCUAAGGCCAUCACCGUGUGCUUUGUUGGCUGUCGUAGUUUUGCUGAUGCAUUGAAAACAUAUGCAUCUGCUAAGGCAUCCCUUGGGGAGAUACUUUCUGCAUGUGAGUUCAUGGACAACGACUCAAUGUCACUUGUCAAGAAGAAUCUGGGCUUAGUGAACCCGCUGGGAGAGAGCUACCCGUUCUAUGUUCUGCUCGAGACUUCCGGCUCUGAUGGGAGUCAUGAUGAGGACAAAGUGACCAAGUUUGUGGAAGCAGGAAGCAGCUUUGAGAAUGGCACUCUGACCUCAGAACCAAGCAAGAUAAAGAACAUCUGGAGUUUACGUGAAAACAUCGCGGUGGCAUUGCUUCGUGACGGUGUACAGCACAAGUUUGACAUCAGUGUACCCGUGGAAUGUAUGUAUGAUCUAGUGGAGAUCAUGCGUAAGAGAGUGCACGGCCUGGGUGCUGUGUCAUGUGUUGGAUAUGGUCAUCUUGGUGACGGUAAUCUUCAUUUGAACAUCACAAGCCGUGAGCGCAUCGAAGAACUCGACAAUGCCAUUGUGCCGUUUGUCUAUGAGUGGACUGCACAACGCAAAGGCAGUAUUAGCGCCGAGCAUGGCCUGGGUGUUCAGAAAUCACAGUAUAUCCACUUCUCCAAGACACCACCGGCUAUUGCCCUGAUGCGCUCUAUCAAAUCAACACUAGAUCCAAAGGGCAUUCUUAACCCCUACAAAGUAUUACCUAUCGAAUGAAUAGCAACAGACCAGCAACAGCGAUGUGCUCUACUAGCACUGCCCGAGUACCAAGUACCCGAGUGCUAUAUACUAGCAGGUGAGAGUGCCAUGCUGAGUGGCUGAAAAGUUGUGAAAACCCUUGACAU